CACGGUACGCCCCUCCCCGUCCUCUGUUGUUCCUUCCGUUGUCAUUUUUGUUGUUUCCUCUUCUCACUACCGAUUUGAUUUAUUUCGUUGCUCGGUGUGUUGUGCUUGCCUCUUUCUCGUUUGUCUCUCCUUCUACCUCUUACAAAUUACCUAACAUAGAAUUCUAUUUUCCGCUACUGCAAUUCUGAUUUUCCACCUUUUUUUCCCCAUCCUCUUUUCUCUCCCAUUUUGUGCAAUUUGGUUUUCUCGAACCUCCUUUAACCCCUCCCAUUAUCUGAUCUACCGCAACCAAUUUUAUGUCCAUGCACAUGUCCCGCUGACAUCAUUUACUCCGAAAAGGCAAACAAGCCAGGGUGACCAACUACGACGAGCCUGCACGGAAACAUGAAUAUUCUGCCCAACAGAGAGACGCGCAACAAAAAGCAAACAUGGGACACGUAAGCGAACCCGGCAACGUAGCCGGAAAUCCAAAGCGCAACAGUAUUCCCGAAACCUAUUCCGCCCAACCUGGAGAUACCCAAAACCAAAACCGUGUUGCGCAAGCCGAUGCCGCUGCUGCCCAUCACGCCGAGGCCAACCAGAGCGUCUCCGGCUCUCAUUCUAGCAGGAGCCGGAGUAGAACAGGAGAUACUCACGCCGCUAAGAUUGUGCAGGAGGAGAACGAAAACAGGAAUAAGUUUCCUAAGUACCCUGGCCUGGAACGAUGGGAACUGCUGGAGAAGAUGGGAGACGGCGCUUUCAGCAACGUUUACCGAGCACGAGAUACUAAGGGAAAUGCUGGCGAGGUUGCUAUCAAAGUGGUGCGAAAAUUCGAAAUGAACAACAUGCAGGGCAACAAGCAUUUACAUCCGGAUUUCAAGAAGGUUCCGAAGGCAGCAGAGCGAGCAAACAUAUUGAAGGAGGUCCAAAUCAUGCGUCAACUUGACCAUCCGAAUAUCAUUAAGCUUGUCGACUUCUCGGAAUCGAAACAAUAUUACUACAUCAUCCUCGAAUUAGCUCCCGGCGGAGAAUUAUUCCACCAAAUUGUGCGUCUGACUUACUUCAGCGAAGAGCUCUCGAGACACGUCAUCGUACAAGUUGCAAAGGCCCUAGAGUACCUACACGAAGAGAAGGGCGUCGUACACCGUGACAUCAAACCCGAAAACAUCUUAUUCAGCCCGAUACCAUUCGUUCCAUCAAAGCAACCGAAACCAAAGCAACCCGGCGAUGAAGAUAAGGUCGAUGAAGGCGAAUUUAUUAAGGGAUUGGGAGCCGGAGGAAUUGGUCAGAUCAAGAUCGCUGAUUUCGGUCUAUCGAAGAUCGUCUGGGAUAACCAAACCAUGACGCCAUGUGGCACCGUCGGGUAUACGGCGCCCGAGAUAGUGAAGGAUGAGCGUUACUCAAAGUCGGUCGACAUGUGGGCUUUAGGUUGCGUGUUGUACACAUUAUUAUGCGGGUUUCCCCCAUUCUACGACGAGAGCAUCGAGGUAUUGACGGAGAAGGUUGCUAAGGGCCAAUACACUUUCCUGUCGCCUUGGUGGGAUGACAUUUCCAAAUCCGCCCAGGAUCUAAUUUCUCAUCUACUCGCUGUCGAUCCAGAUGAGCGAUACACCAUCAAAGAGUUCCUGAGCCAUCCUUGGAUACAAGGAACUGGUCCUACGCCACGUGAUGAGAAGAAACAAGCGAAUCCUGACGUACUUCGUGCAUUCGAUGCGGGACGACUUAUCGACGGGGAGCGUCGCAUGGACUUCAGGUCUCCUGGUGCGGUCAACCUCCGAGAGAUCUUCGAUGUCGGUUAUUCCGUACAUCGGCAGGAAGAAGAGGCCAAACGCAGGAAACAACUUGGUGCAAAGGGGGCUCCACCGGCCCGAUUGGCUGGUCUCGAUGAAGAAGAUUCGGAAGAAGAAAAAUCAGAUCCUGAGUAUGUACACAAAGCCGAAGCGCAACUUGAACAGAGUAUGCGUAAGACGCACUUGGGUAAGGACCAGGAGCGUGGCCGAGAGCGAGAGCGAGACCGAGACAGACAUACCGACAAGGAGCCUCAGAAAGGGUACGGCCAACACAGCGCUAGUGUGGCUCAAGCUGCUCGACAGCAAGUUCGUGACCGUAAUAAGCAGCGGGGAGCGUUCGAACUGAAUCUUGACGGGGCGACCUUACUUGGCAGGCGAGCCGGAAAGGCUCUUCCCACCGCUAGCGUCGGUGGCUUAUAGGACAAGACAGAUGACGAGCGGCGAGAUGAGGUCGGGAAGAAACGUAAGCACGAUGACUGAUGGCAUUACUUGAUUGACUCGAAGCAUAUGUAGGCCGAGUUGUUCACUAGGCGCGGAGAAUGGGACUUUGGUGUUUCGAGGCGUGCGGCAUAGGUUUGAAUGAGCAAUAUGGGAGUUGGUCGUGUAUUUUUCAUGCAUCCGCAACGCUGCACACAUAGGGCCUGGCGUUCCCGGGAUUAAGAUACAUACUUCGCCUUUCCAACAUAU